AUGUUUAUUUCGACUAUUCUCCGUCCUGCAGUAAUUGCACUUCUUGCUCUUGCAAGUGUUACUAGUGUUUCGGCUGUCUGUGGGACAAACUCAAUUGGUUUGGCUAAUGCUCAAGCUGGAGCUGUCAUAGUUGACAAUAGCUGCAACGUGCUUACCGCAAAGUCCAUCGGCGAUUUCAAUGUAUGUGGUCCUUACCAGGAUGGUUCGCAAGUCGUUUGCAGAACUCCAGAGACGCCAUCCACAGCACAUACAGCCGACGGUCGAGACUGGGGGAAUUGUAUCAGAUCGUCAGAGGUUUGCCAGGUCGGUCACUCAGAACCUCCGAUUGUUCAGUGGUGCUGCCCGGAGCUUUGA